GAAGGAGAGGGGAAAAUCAGCCCUUGGUUACAGUAAGCAUUUUAUUUCUUGUGGCAAUCUAGUGGAGAACAAAUCUCAAUUCACGCCAUGAUUUGCUUUGUAAAACCCUCAAGGGUGCAAGAUAAUAUUAGAAGGCCAUCCCCCUUCUCUCUUCAGAUUUGUUCUUCUUUUACAUGGAAUUAAAUUCUCAAUUUCCAAGUUUAUGCUCCACAGUAUGUGAGUAGACAUAAACUCUUCUUUGGCACCUGACGCAAUUUUGGACUAUAGAACAUCUAGAGAGGACAACUCCCAGCACAACGCUGAGUAGUGUUCAGUUCCAAUUAGACUACACUGAGAGGCUAAAAUUGGAAGCAUUAAUGGAAGAUGUAAGCUCCUUUUGUAGCCCAGCAGAACCACAAGCAACGUGAUACUUUCCUUGGUUUAUGCUGUCGAGAACCACAUCUGUUUGUCUGUAUUUCACUGUUUCAGCUGAAAGCAGCAGGGAAAGCAGUCCAGUUGCUUUCAAAAUCACUUCAGCAAAUGGCAGCACUGCUGAGGGUUAGUCACCUGCUCGUGCUUGUCAAGGGCUGGUACACUAAGGCAGACAAACUGGAAAACCUAGUCUUGCACAGUGGAGUUAUGGAGACGAGGCAAAUCGAUACUUCUUCUCCCUCCCUUUCCUACUUGGCUUGUGCAGAUGAUGUUAUUUGUCUUUCCAAGGAUUUCCCCUUACUUACUGACGUUUUGAGAUUGCUCUUGUAAAAACUAUCCCGGCUCUCUCACUGUUACAGUCUUCAGCUUCAUACCAGAACUGUUACUGGCAUAAUUACAGCUGAAACCAGAAGGAAAUGAGCUGGCUCUAUGCUUGCUACAGAGACAGAGGUCCUCACACAGAAACAGAAGCUAUGAAAAGGCAAAGCUCUGCCGGGGAGCAUGAGGUUAUUGAAUUGCAAGAAGUUAAUGGGGAGGAAAGUACAGCUGAUCAUAAGAAGCCUCUAAAUUCUUCAGAACCUGCAACGAGCAAGGGGAGAGAUCAGUGGAAAUCAUGCAGGAAGAUAAUUUUCUGGAAGUGUAAACUAUGGAUGGUUUUAACUACAAUUUUUGUUGUUUUGUUCCUGGUCAUUCUCAUCAGUCUAGCUCUAUAUUCUAAUGUUUACACAGAUGAAGAUGAUUAUUGGUAUACAGAUGCACUGCUACAGAACUAUCACAAUUUUUCUGGAAAGUUCAACUUACUGUGUGGUCUUCCACACCUUUUCUCUGAAGACAUUACUAAGAGGAUAACAGAUGUCUACAGCUCAUCUCCAGCUCUAAGACGCUACUUUAGGUCUGCUAAAGUGGAUUAUGUCAGUAAUGAAAGCUCCACUGUAUUUUACCAACUAGAGUUCUUUGUACCGCCGUCAACAGAGGGGUUUAUGGAGAAUGUAAUGAACCCAGACUUUAUAAGGAAUGUUCUACUUCAAAAUAUUUAUGAUGAAGAAGAUACUUCUAAUCCCGGGGCAUCUGAAUGUACCAGGUUAAAGCUUGACCCAGCUUCUCUCACAUCAACAUGUAAGUACUGUACUUUAGAGGGGCUGUUUACAAAGAGCACAAUUAUUUACUUGAAAAGAGGGAGAUCUUUCUGCAAAGAUGUUGAGAUUUAUUAGCUCAUGUUUUGCACAACUUUGUUAAGGUAAUUGUAAAAUACUCUGUUUACAAGAAAGUCUUGUUGUACCUAGCUUAUAAACCAGAAUUCCUUAUUUGGUCCUGUAAUGAGAAAUUGAGUAGUGAUGAAGAUGCUUAGCUACAGAAUCCAACCAAAUUCUUCUGAUCCCCUCUUGCAUUUAACGCACACAGUUAAAAUCUCAUGUAUGUGUGUACCAUAACAGGGGGCAAAAAUAACUCCAGUUGGUUUUCCUCAUUUUUAAUUUGUAUUUAAAUGUUGAUAAAACAAAUUUAAAUCCAAUUGAAAAGGAUUAGCAAUUUGGGAGUGAACUUCUGAUGAAUUAACAGUCAACAAUGAAAAGGGAAAGAAUUUUUGGGAGAAAUUUUCGUAUACACAAAGAUAUCUUUUAAAUGAACCAAAUGUUCCAAUUUCCAGAUUUUCUAGUGAAAAGGCAGUGAUUCCAGUGUAUUUAGGUCUGCCUUUAUUGAAUUUAGGUCUGUCUUUAUUGAAAUAUCAGUAUAAAAGUCAUAUGAGCUUUGAAGUUUCACUGAAAAUAGUUCAGGCAGCUGUUGUGUUGUGUUUUUUCCUGAAUUUAUUGAAACAUACCUAAGUGCCUUCAGAAUAAUCCAUAAGGUGAUUAUGGCACAAAGCCUCCUAAAGUUCAAGAUAUGUUUGGACAAUGCUCUCAGACAUGUAGCCUAAUUUUUAGGUAGUUUUUUGGGGGUAGGGAGAGGAACAGGAGUUGGAUUCAGUAAUCCUUCUAAUUCCCUCCCAGAUUGGAAUAUUUACGAACCUGGACUAACACAUCACAGAACAUAAUAUAUAAGUACAAGUAAGAUUUGUGCUUAAUUCAUGAGAUUACCAAGGAAGUAAAGAAUGAAGGGACAAGAAAGUAACAAGUCAUAAAUUCUAAUUCUAAUAUUAUUUUAUUCCUUAUGUUGGUAAUAUUUAAAGAAAAAAAAACAUACAAAAAAUCCACUGUAAUACUAUAAAAGGGGCAGGAAAGAAUACUCUGAAAUAUCUAACUAAAAUUUAGUGUUAAUAAUGUGUUGUUUUUUAU